GCUUGACAAGUUGGGUUCGUUUGUUCACUGGGAUGAACUGACCAAUCGGGGCACGUUGCAGUGUGUUUAUGGCGGAUUGAGGGUACAGUGACAGCUGGAGAGGGCCUCCCCGCGGGCUGAUGCGAAGCCAGUCGGCAGCAGAGUCAGUAUACGAUUGUAAACCCUCGCAGAGAGCACGCGUUGUAGCAUUCCAAGUAUGCCAUGCUAACUCGCUCGCUCCCUGACAUCGGUGCCAUUUCCCCAUCACAUUAAUCAUAAUCGCAGGGAGCGCGUCGCUGAAGUGGGAGACCGAUUCUAAGCAGGAAUCAAACCGUUCACGCACUGCACAUCAUCGUUUCUGACGUGGACAAUAUAUUGGGAUUAUAUACCACGCCGAGAAUUUAUACCCACGUUUUAGAAGAGAGACGGGAGGAAAAGAAUUAUAGGAGGCAGUUCGCUCCCUCGCACAUCUGAUUAUCAUACACACUCGGUAGCCAUUCAUCGCUCUGACUAGGUUUUCGAUGGGUGAAACAUACGCCGCGCUACCCGCGUAGGCUAUCAAGUCACGUCCGCUGGUAUCUAUAACACUAUAGCCAGGUUAGGAUGUAGAUGAGCUGGGUCGGUCAGUGGCUGUCGACUCCUUUUCACCAACCAUUUCAACGACGUCCUAAGUGCCAUAAACUACGACAUCUUUCAAGUAUGACUUAUCCAAGACUAUGUUCGUCCAUUUUUCUCACUCCAGAGCAACUCGCCUAGCGGAUACUUGUGCUACGGCCAGUACGCCAGCUGCACAUACAUGGAAGGGAAUGGGGAGGCGCAGAACCGCUAUUUGCAGUACGUCGAUUCUGCAGUCUGCUUCGCUGGCAGCUCUCCUACUCCAGAUUGCCAUCUUUACAGCUCUCAUCUCAAAAGUGUAUUCAGCUUGUGAUAUCCUGUGGUGUUCAUACCAGUACGAGGCAGACACAGAUCCAUUGGAUCCAGGACCUUAUCCAGACUUUUGCCGUGCCUUGCAGAGGUACCAGCGCUGCGUGGACAGAAUAUCACCGGGGUCGUGUCGGGGCGAUCUCCACUACCAUUCCACAAAGACAGUUAUCCCCGACUUGCAAAGGAAUUACGAAUGUGAACGAGUGCUUCGAGAAGAGAACAACCCAGGCCCGACCAGGGCUGUGGAAACGACGACGAGGCCGUCACGUAACGGCGGUGACAACGACAGUGAUUCGCCAGGGACAAACGGUCGUCCACCUUUCUUCCCGGAUAUUCUCUCGGACGCUCCUGAGACAGGAGGUUCGCAAAGGUGUCAGUACACAGGGUCCAGGAGCUUCAGACAUUGCGGACUCUUUGGAGACCCACAUUUGAGAACGUUUGACGAUUUGUUCCAGACGUGUAAAGUGGCCGGUGCUUGGCCAUUGAUUUACAACGACUACCUGACUGCUCAGGUUACAAACGUGCCCUUGGUUCAUGGUUCCGGUGCCACAGCUACAAACAAGUUGACUGUGAUCAUCAAGCCAUUUCGGGACGGUGAAUGCGCACAGCGGAAACUGUACCAGGCCACCGCUGGAAAUCUCCCCACAACCUUCGACGACGGGACAAUCACAAGCGGUCGGGAGGAAGGCGUCGUCAUCAUCGAAGUCAUCCCUGGUGAACACGUUGAGAUUCACAUCAGGUACAUCGCGACGUUGAUCGUCAUCCGCCAAGUCGGCCGGUACAUCACCUUCGCCGUCCGCAUGCCUGAGGAGCUGAUCCAGUACCAGGGCGCAGAAGACAUGCAGCUCUGCGUCAAGGGUUGUCCGGUCUCGGAACAGAUAGACUACGCCACAUUCUUGAGCCAAACGACGCGCGCAGAUCGCAACUACAAAGAGCUCCGUGUCGACGCCAUUGCCAAAUGCAGAAAAGCCAAAAUCUACGACGAAUAUUUAGAUUCGUGCGUCUUUGACCUCCUCACAACAGGCGACGCGAACUUUACACAAGCCGCGAAGAGCGCCCUCACCGACGUGAAUCGUCUUCAUCCGAAUGCUUCCUUUCUGUUCAAAAACAGGACUAGUGUGUUUGAAAAUGCAUCCUUCCCAGGAUACAGGGACAUUGAAGGUGGAGCACCACCAAGAACUUAUUUAUUUCAUCACUUACAGUUCAACCUAGCAAUGGUACUAUUCUCAAUACUCAUCAGUAGUUAUAUGUCUUCAUGGUGUCACAUUCAGCGGUGACACCCAACACCCACCCCAGUUUUUGUAAGCCCCCCUUCCCCCAAAUCCUAUAUUAUUUUGUAUAUUAUUUUGUAAAAAAUAUAUUAUAUUAACUUGUAUUGAAAUCUAUUAUAUAAUUCAAAACAUCCUGAGCAAAUGCUGUACAUACAAUUUAAUAAAGAUAUUUGGAAUACUCAUUAUCAGUUCAGAAGUCAGAACAUGAAAGUAAACAGAAUGUACCAAACUUAAAUAUACCAAAUUCGAAAGUAUGACAUAAAAAAAAAAGAAAGAAGAUGUUACUUUUUGUGGAAGAAAAUGACAGACAGCAGUUAUCAAUUGCUCAGGGUAUAUUUGCUGAGAUGGCUUUGCAAAAAAUGGAAUUAAAAUAUGUGACAAAGUUAAAACUUUAAA